UUUGUGUGAAUUCAAUUUUGCAUUUAACAAUUUAUGUUUAUAAUAGGAAAGGAACAUUAAACUACAAAGUAACAAAUAUUAUCUAUAUGUGUUUUUUCAAGAUUUAAAUUAUUAUGCAAUCAACAAAAAAUAAAUAUGUUGUGCGUAGUUUGGAAUUACGAUCUUUACGUAGUUGGUUUAAACAUCUUCCAUCAAUAUACAAAUCUUUUAAUUAUAUUAAUAAUUCAGAAUAUUAUCCUUACCUUUGUCAAAAGAAUCAAUUUAAUAUAGGAGAAAUUAUUCAAAAUGAUUAUAUCAAUCAACAAUUUAUAACAUUUUACAUAAAAUUGAUUCUACGAAAAUUUUUUGAAUCUUGGAAAAUUUAUGCGAUUUAUAAAUUGCAUAGAAGAAAAACUCUGUGUGAAGUAAAUCAUAUGUAUCGUAUUAAACUUAAAAGAAAUGUAUUUAAUAUUUUAUCUAAAAAUAUAAUUAAAUCUAAUGAAUAUCAUAACAAAAUAAUACAAAGGCGAUAUUUUAAAUUAUGGAAAAAAUAUAUAGAAAUUAUACGAUAUAAUAAAAGUUUAAUAAAAAAAUAUCUUCAAAAAUCUAUAACAAUUUGGAAAGUAUAUGUACUACAUAGAAAAGAGAAAAAUAUAUUUAAAAAACAACUAGUUGAUAAGGUCUGUAAAUUAUAUACUUCAAAUUUAUUGCAUAAGUAUUUUAUAAAAUGGGCAACUAUACAUAAUUCUACAAAAGUUUUUAAAGAACAAGUUCAAAAGAUAUUCUGUCAUUACAAAAAAAAAAUGUUAGAAAAAUAUUAUCUUGUAUGGACAGCAUAUUAUCAUGCAAAAAUCCAAAAUAAAUUUUUAAAAGAAAGGGCUGAUCAACAACAUUGUCGAAAAUUACUAAGAAGAUAUUUAAAAAAAUUUGUUUUGUACAUUCAUAAAGUUCAUAUUGAUAGAAGAACAAUGAAAAGGACAAAUACUUUUUACGAAUUUAAAAUUAUAGUUAAAAUAUUUAAUGCUUGGGUAGAAUGGUAUUAUCAAUUCUCAAGAAUAUGCAAUAUUAUGACAAAAAUACAGCAAAUUAUAGAAAAUAAAAUGAAACAAAAAAUCUUUCUAUAUUGGAAAUCAUACAUAUUUCAUAAAAAAUGUAUGAGAAGAAAACUGUUUCUUUGUUUAACUAAAUAUCAUAAAAAGAUUUCUACUAAUGCAUUUAAUAAAUUGCAAGAUUAUGUUCUAUAUAAGAAAAGAAAACAAACACAGAUGUUAAGUUUAAGUACUCGAGCAGUUACUAUUAUUGUUAAAAUACAGAAUAUGUACAUAGAAAAAUGGAAAAAAAAAUUAAAUAUACAUAUGCAAGAAAAACGUAGAAUAUUUCUAGCUACUGAAUUGUACAAUAAUAAUAUUUUUAAACAAUAUCUUUUUUUGUGGAAAAAGUUUUCUCAGCAGUAUAAGUUAAAAUUGUUACAAAAAAAGAAAUUAGAUGAACGUGCUUCUUACUUUGUCUUGAAUAAGUAUAUUAUGAUAUGGAAACUAAAAUGUGAAGAUAAUUAUAAAAUUUAUAAAAAGGAAAAGUUAAUUCUUUUUGUCAUACAUAAGAGUAUACAGAAAAAGUACCUUAUGUUUUGGAAAAAGUAUAUAGCUAAAAAAAUAGAUAAAAAAAGAGAUAUUGAAUAUGCAAAAAAUAUAAAUAAAAAGUUUUUAUUGCAAGAAGGAUUAAGAGAAAUUUUAAGAAAUUCUUUAUUUACUAUGCAAUUUCACUAUGAAAGCAGAAUAAAAUAUACAACAUUAAAACUUGUAGGAGACUUUGAAAUACUAAGUAAAUAUUUUGAUAGAUGGCUAUCAAUAGUUUAUUUAAAAGAAAAAUUAGAAUUCCCA